UUAUCUUGAAUGAAUGCCAAACCAUGUUUCUGAUUCCUGUGGUGCUGCUUUUACAAUUAGGAUUCCAAGUUGCUGUAAGAAGCAUGAAUGCCGGAAUCCAGCAUGAGUUUAAAAAUGCAAGACUUGAAGAGCCGCUUACCUUAAACUGUACCUACAACUGUUCCAGUGGCUUUACUCGUUAUUUCUGGAAAUCAGAAGAAACUCCGGAAUGUAUCAAGUGCCUCUGGAAAGAAAGUCAAACAAAAUUAGGUGACAUGUGCAGUGUGAGCUUGUACACAUCUCAUCUAACUUUGAAGCAAGCGCGUAAUAACUACUCUUGCCUUUCUGAAGAGAGUGACCAUCCAAGCCUUCCUAUUAAAACGGAGCUACUGGUCACUAUACAAGUCCAUGAUGAAGCUGAAGAACAAGCACCAUCCCCUAAAGAUGUAGCUGGUCCAUCUCUGAGAGUGAAGCUAUACAGGGGUCAGACAGAGUCGGAAGAAGUGCUUACAUCACUGUCCACCAUCGAAGUAACAGCAGAAACUGCACUCUCGCUUCAAUGUGUUGCCCUUGACAACAAAGAUUGUGAAGUGCAGUGGGUCAGAGAAAACAGUACCUUCCCCUUGACUGAACCAAAAGACACAGUGGAGUGGAAUAAAAUCACCGAAGAGGACAGUGGGCGAUACACAUGCCAGACCAAAGAGACUUGCAUUGAUCAUCCUAUCACUGUGGAGAUAAAGGUCAUCACAUCAGAUGGACUCACCUGGGCCAAGAUAUUCGCAGCCUUUGCCGUGUCUGCAGUGUUUGUCCUGACGGCCAAUCUGGUGUAUCUGUGCUACAGAAGAGGAUGUAAGAUAAUGGAUUCCUCUAACACAGCCCAUGAAAGGGUUCCAUCCAGAAGUGGAGUGGUGAUUAGGCCAAUUGCUCAAGACAGCCAGAGUGAUCAUGAAGUCCCUUAUGCUGACAUUGUGAUCUCUGUGAGAGGAUCCAGCAAUCCAGAUGUAUCCGACACCUUCAGCCAGACUUCCAAAAACCAAAGACCAAGAUGGAGGGAUGAGGCCCAAGCAGGACUUCUGUAUGCUUCAGCUGACAGACUGCACAUCCACCCUAAAGAGGUCACUAGGAAAUUAAGCACAACGUCUGAAUAUGCUGUAAUUACUUACUCUUGUGAGGCUCUUAGUUAGUUACUUCCAAAAAUGGCAUUUCUAUUUUUAAUAAAACAAACGGCAAAAUGUGGAAAUCAUGAAUAGCCCAGUUUCUGUUGUCGGCAAUUAAA